AUGCCGUCUCCCACCCGGGGGAGAAUCAGCCCAGCCCUUGCCCGUUUCCCCAGCGCACAGGUUAGACCGGAGGAGGCGGCAGCUCCGGCUCUGAGCGCGGGCGACAGCAGCGGCAGCCGCGCCCUCAGGGCCUCCCGCCCUCCGCGCCUCCCGCCCCGCUGCCGGGGCAGUCCCGGGGCCCUGGCCGGCUGCGCGCGGAUGUGGCCCCACUCGCAGCCCCGCCAGGCGGACACUCACAUGUGGUGUCGGCACCCCCGCGAGAGGCGAAAGAGCGGGACGGGUUGUGAGCGCUGCGCUGCCGCCGCGGAACCGCCACUGCGGUGCGCCCGCCCACCCUUUCCCGCGCCGCUGGCCAAUGCGGACCGCGCCAGGAGCCGGCUUGAACCAUCUGUUGUGAGGCGCCUCCCCCAGCCUUUUGCCGGGGGCUCCCGCCCAAGAGCAGGCGAGGACGGGGGAGCCUCCGGCCCCUGCAAGGAGCUCUUCGCCCUACGCAUCUCGGGGGCUGUGGCCGUGCCCCGCCUCCUUCCCCCCCAACCAGGAAUCGCCCUUCCCAGGGCUGCUGCUUCUCCCUCAGCGCUCGGCUCCCCUCACGCACGCCGCGCUCGGCUCCCCUCACGCGCCGCUCUCGAAUCCCCUCACGCACAGUGCGCUCGGCUCCCCUCACGCACGCCGCUCUCGGAUCCCCUCACGCACACCGCUUUCGGCUCCCCUCACCUGCCGCGCUCGGCUCCCCUCACGCACGCCGCUCUCGGAUCCCCUCACGCACAGCGCGCUCGGCUCCCCUCACGCACGCCGCUCUCGGAUCCCCUCACGCACAGCGCGCUCGGCUCCCCUCACGCACGCCGCUCUCGGAUCCCCUCACCUGCUGCGCUUGGCUCCCCUCACGCACGCCGCUCUCGGAUCCCUUCACGCACACCGCUCUCGGCUCCCCUCACCUGCCGCGCUCGGCUCCCCUCACGCACGCCGCGCUCGGCUCCCCUCACGCACGCCGCUCUCGGAUCCCCUCACGCACAGCGCGCUCGGCUCCCCUCACGCACGCCGCGCUUGGCUCCCCUCACGCACAUUGCGCUCGGCUCCCCUCACGCACGCCGCGCUCGGCUCCCCUCACGCACGCCGCUCUCGGAUCCCCUCACGCACAGCGCGCUCGGCUCCCCUCACGCACGCCGCGCUUGGCUCCCCUCACGCACAUUGCGCUCGGCUCCCCUCACGCACGCCGCGCUCGGCUCCCCUCACGCACGCCGCUCUCGGAUCCCCUCACGCACAGCGCGCUCGGCUCCCCUCACCUGCCGCUCUCGGAUCCCCUCACGCACACCGCUCUCGGCUCCCCUCACCUGCCGCUCUCGGCUCCCCUCACGCACGCCGCUCUCGGAUCCCCUCACGCACAGCGCGCUCGGCUCCCCUCACGCACACCGCUCUCGGAUCCCCUCACGCACACCGCUCUCGGCUCCCCUCACCUGCCGCGCUCGGCUCCCCUCACGCACGCCGCUCUCGGAUCCCCUCACGCACACCGCUCUCGGAUCCCCUCACAGCCCGGACAGCCGCCUCAACAAUGCCAGGUGGGGUAGCGACAGGUUCGUGGAUGCCAGGGAGCAGGAGCUGCAUGUGGGGCUGAUCCUCCUCAGCUCCUCAUCGAAGAGAACAUGUCCAGGCAGAGGGGCAACAGCAGAUACAUGCACAGACUGGAGAAUGUUGCCAUCUGAGGUGUGUGUAGGCAAGAAAUGUACAAAAUCAAGCAUGGAAAUAAAAAUGAAUACAUGCUGA